CUUCCAUCUCUCCGUGCAGCAGCAGCAGCAGCAGCAGCUCACUUCAUUGUACUCACUGAGCUCAUCAAUUAGACAAGAAGUAAGACCUUUCAGAUGCAAUAAUUGUCUUUAAGCACUUCGGAGAGGAUUGUAAACCGCGGGCAGAGCUGCAGAUAAGUUUUGAGAGCGGGGAAAGCGGAGAGGACCGAGACACAGCCAUGCCCUCAGUGAUGGAGCGCUCGGGGGCCGGGGUCCUGUCCAGGAGCAGAGCCAAGACCGUAACCAACGGCAACAGCCAGCCACACUCUGAAGAGGAGAGCAGCGAUGAAGAGCACGCCCAUGACAGUAUGAUCAGAGUGGGAGGAGACUACCAGGCUCAGAUCCCAGAGUUCAAACCAGACAGUCCAACCCGCUACAAUGAGAAGGACCAGAGGAGCAUGUUGGUCUGGUGUCCCAACAGUCAGCUUUCUGAUGCAAUGUUGGAUGAGUACAUCCUGAUGGCUAAAGAGAAACAUGGAUACAACAUGGAGCAGGCUCUCGGCAUGUUGUUAUGGCACAAACACGAUGUGGAGCGCUCGCUUGCCGACCUGGCCAAUUUUACCCCCUUCCCCGAUGAGUGGACAGUGNNCGAACAGGCCUUCAGCUUCCACGGCAAGAGCUUUCACCGCAUCCAGCAGAUGCUUCCAGACAAGCUGAUCUCCAGUCUGGUGAAGUACUACUACAGCUGGAAGAAGACCAGGACCAGGACCUCUGUCAUGGACCGACAGGCCAGGAGGCUGGUCAACAAGAGGGAGAAAGAGGACAGUAAUGAUGAUCUGGAGGAAGGUGACCCCGGCAGUGACAGUGACUUUGAGAUUGACGCCAAGAAAGAGGCAGUGAAACAGAACCCCAACAGCGCCAGCUCAGACAAGGCCACCCCCAGCCGCUCUGGGCCAGUAAAGAAGGAAAACUUGGGGGCUCAGUACCGCCACCACCCGCUCAGAGCCCGCCGCAGGCCACCCAAAGGCAUGUACCUGGAGCAGGGAGACAUCACGUCCCUGUCGGCCUCCCACGAUGCCGGGGUGCUAACCGUACGGCAGCUGGAUACGCAGUUGGUGUCACUCAAGAGACAGGUUCAGUCCAUUAAACAGAACAACAGUAGUUUGAAACAGGGCAUAACUGAAGGUGUCAACCCUUUCAGACCUGCUGAGCCUGCCCCUAAGAUGAACUCUCGUUGGACCACAGAGGAGCAGCUCCUGGCUGUGCAAGCUAUCCGUCGCUAUGGUAAAGACUUCUCAGCCAUCGCAGAGGUGAUAGGGACCAAGACACCAGCUCAGGUGAGUUCGUUCUUCGUGAGCUACCGGCGUAGGUUCAACCUGGACGAGGUGCUGAGGGAGUGGGCGGCCGAGCAGGUGGCCACCAGCCGAGACCAGAGAGACCCCAGGAGGAGCGGCGAGGAGGUGGCAGCAGCUACGGAUGGAGCCGCCGAGGAGGACGAGGUCAAAAUGGAGGACUCUCCCCCAGACGCCGCCGGCGGCUCCUCUCCCCCCUCCUCCACCCAGACCCCCUCCUCCCUCUCCCAGCCCCCUCCACUGCUGCGCCCCGCGCCUCCGUCGGCUCCCCCCAGCCUCCUCCGCCAGCCUCCACCGGGCUUCUCCUCCCAGCUCUUCCUCUGCCGCAGGGCAGAUGCCUCCGUCGCUGGUCGGCCUCAAAGUGGAGCAGCCCAACUCGCACUGAUACACACAAGCACACGCACACACACAAACACAGAUAAUAGGGAUAGAAACACACA